AUGUCCGGAGCUUUAAAGCGGAUCCACAGAGAGUUGACACAACUUCAAAGAGAUCCGGUGCCGGGCUGUACGGCCGCACCCAUUGGCAACGAUUAUUUCCAUUGGACGGGCAGUAUUGAGGGCCCGCCGGACACCCCCUACGAGGGCGGCGUAUUCAACGUGCAGAUAAUAUUGCCGCCCAAUUACCCGCUGAGUGCACCGCAAAUCACAUUCACGACACAGAUAUUUCACCCGAACAUCACUCCCACGGGUGGCAUAUGUUUGGACAUAUUGAACCGCGAGUGGAGCGCCGGUCUCAGCAUUGGUCAAGUGCUGCUCUCACUGCAGUCCCUGUUGGCCGACCCCAACGCCCGCGACCCCUACAACGGCACGGCUGCGCGCCUGUAUCUACACAAUCGGCCCAAGUUCAACAAAACGGCCCGACAGUGGACUCAACAGCACGCGUACCCACCGGCCGGCUAUGUGUUUACCACUACUCAGACCACUACCACUACUACUCCGGCCAACAAUCAGGACAGCGCCGGUACCGGUAGCGGUGGCUCCGACAUUAAUAAACCACAGGAACUGAUUGUCGGACAAAACCAAUGGCUGACACAUAACGAGGACUACAAUCUCAAGUCAAUGAUUGCCGGGACUGAGAGUCCGUACGAAGUGUUGGCUAUAUUUGUAUUUAAACAUCGCUUUCAAUAUCUGGUACUCUAUAGAAAAGUCAUUGGUUUGACGGCCAAUACAUCGCAACGAUUACCGCUAUCUAUGGCAACGAAACCGCAUUUGGAUUUAUUAAGCCAUGCUUUUCCUAAUAAUCCAAAGAAUGUCAUUCCCGCCGACGGUCAAAGUGGCCACAAAGUAAUUGCUGUAUUCAAUGACUACAACUCCUCUUUCAAAUUGCUUCUAUGGCUAUACGCCGACGAACUAGAGAUCAGUAUUAACCACAAGACUAGUAUUAACUACAAGACCAGUACUAACCACAAGUCCAGUACUAACCACAAGACCAGUAUUAACCCUAAGCCCAGUACUAACCACAAGACCAGUGCUAACCACAAGCCCAGUACUAAUCCGUACAACGUUAAUUAA